AUGUCCUGUGAACAAAAUCACCUUGAAGUUGAAAAGAAGACACAGAAGAGAAAGAGAGAAGGAGGAGGCGAAAAGGAAGAAGUCGUAGAAGAGAAGUUGGAAAAGGAACAGGACAAGGAGGAGGACGAGAAAGAAAAGAAAAAUAAGAAUCAAUACCAGAAGAAAAAAUUUGUCAGCAGACCCCUCAUGGACACUCUCUGGGCAAUGUUUAAAUUUAAAGAAAAACCCACAUUUCUGGAUAUUUCAUCACUUGCAUUUGAAUUUAGCAUGACAGAGACUCAGGAGUAUCUAGAAGCAUCCAACGCUAGGGAAUCUUCACCCAUGCCUGAAGAAAGUUACGCAUCCUUGCAAAUGUCAUCUGCUGACACCCUCGACACGGACACAGUUUCUCCUCUUCCUUCCUCCAUGGAUCUGCUUAUUCAGGACAGUCCUGAUUCUUCCACAAGCCCCAGAGUGAAACCACUGCCUCCAUCUGCAGAGGAGAGCACAGAGAAGGAAGAGAACGUCCCAGUCAAGAAACAGAAAAUCAGGACUGUGUUCUCACAGACCCAGUUGUGUGUGCUCAAUGACAGAUUUCAGAGGCAGAAAUACCUCAGCCUCCAGCAAAUGCAAGAACUUUCCAACAUCUUGAACCUCAGCUACAAGCAGGUGAAGACCUGGUUCCAGAACCAGAGAAUGAAAUGUAAGAAAUGGCAGAAAAACAACUGGCCAAGAAAUAGCAAUGGCAUGCCUCAGGGCCCAACAACAGCAGAAUACCCAGGCUUCUAUUCCUACCACCAGGGGUAUUUGGUGAACUCUCCUGGAAACCUGCCCAUGUGGGGUAACCAGACCUGGAACAACCCCACGUGGACCAACCAGAGCUGGAACAGUCAGUCUUGGAGCAACCACCCCUGGAACGAUCAGGCCUGGAGCCCCCAAGCCUGGAAUAACCAGCCUUGGAACAAUCAGUUCAACAACUACAUGGAGGAAUUCCUGCAGCCUGGGAUACAGCUCCAGCAGAAUUCUCCUGUCUGUGAUCUGGAGGCCACCCUGGGAACUGCUGGGGAAAAUUAUAACGUAAUACAGCAAACUGUCAAGUAUUUUAGUUCCCAGCAGCAAAUCACGGAUUUAUUCCCAAACUACCCUCUCAACAUACAGCCUGAAGAUUUGUAA